GUACAUCCCCAGCCCUCAAGCCGUGACGUAGCCAGAUGUGUAGAGUCCAAUCCGGCUACGGUAUCCUGGAAGAGCCAAACUUAUUCGGAGGGCGGGUAUCGUGUUUCCUCGCCCGCAUACCCAGCCAGAGAGGCGCGCAGUGAUUGGUGCUUGCCAGAAGGCCGUGCUGAAAGCUGCCCUGCUAUUGGCGGAACCCUUCAGCGGCAUGGGUCCGAGCGUAGGCUUUGUAUACAGUCAGUGAAGCUCGGCCCUUUAACAAUGGAUGGGGAGAGCCUGACCGAUUGAUGGACGGGGCCGACCAGCAGAACAGGGGGAUCGGUGACGGGGCGGACGAGAUGUACUUGGGCUGUGAGCGGCGAUCCGGAGCUGAUUAGUGAGCGAGGCUGAACUUCUUCUCCUUCUCCCGGAAUUGGACCUCCUGACGUGUCGGGCCAUGGAGCUGGAAGGCUUGUGGUGGAAGGGCCAGCUGGCUGCCGAUAUCCACCAAGCGCUCCGCUAUAAGGAAUUGAAGCUUCCGUCCUACAAAGGCCAGUCUCCCCAGCUGAACCUAAGACGCUACUUUGCAGACUUGAUAGCUAUUGUCAGCAAUCGAUUUAAACUGUGUUCAACUGCUCGCCACCUCGCUGUGUACUUGCUGGAUCUCUUCAUGGACCGAUAUGAUAUUUCUAUCCAACAGCUCCAUAUUGUGGCAUUAUCGUGUCUGCUUUUAGCAAGUAAAUUUGAAGACAAAGAAGAUCGAGUGCCAAAGCUGGAGCAGCUGAACAGUCUGGGCUGUAUGACCAACAUGAACCUGGUGCUGACCAAACAGAACCUUCUUCAUAUGGAGCUUCUGCUGCUGGAAACAUUCGACUGGAACCUGUGCCUCCCAACUCCUGCCCACUUUAUAGAAUACUACUUAUCCAUUGCUGUCCAUGACACUGAUCUCCAUGAUGGUUGGCCUAUGAUCUGCCUGGAGAAGACCAAGAUCUACAUGGCAAAAUACGCAGAUUAUUUCUUAGAAGUGUCUCUGCAAGAUCAUAUAUUUUUAAAUUACCUCCCAUCACUUGUGUCAGCGGCAUGUGUAGCAGCUUCCCGCAUUAUCCUGCGGCUUACACCUUCCUGGCCAACAAGGCUCCACCGUCUCACCGCGUAUGCCUGGGAUGUUCUUGUUCCUUGUAUCGAGAGGCUACUGAUUGCACAUGACAAUGAUGUAAAGGAAGCAAACAAGCACAAAUCGCAACUGAGCCACUCGGCAGCACCGUGCAUAUUUCCUCCUCAGUCGCCCAUCACACCGCACACUCAUGUCCAGCAACACCUACCCCAGUUCCUGCAGACCCAGCACCAACUACAGUUCCACCACCCUACCGCUCAGCAGUCGAGCUGCCAACAAAUUGUCUCUGCCGCUCACACCUCUGCAUUCCCUCUCCAGACGUGUACGUCCAGCCUGACUGCCGGUCUCCAUCCACGGACACACAUACAGACUGCUGCCAGUGUCUCUUUGGCUGCUGUGCCUAUAGAAGUGAAACCGUGCAUAGGGGUGACCUAUAACAGAAGCUUCCCAAUGAAUGGACACUACUCUUGUAUAACUCAGUGCUUUGAUAGGUGAUGACAGCCAUCUCCAUCCUCUGUCCUGCUCUUGAAAUACAUGCUGUGAAUUGACAGUCCUUAUAUAUAUUUUUUUUUAUAUACUUUUUGUUUUGAGGGAUUUCUAGUGCUCCCAUAGACACUAGCGCAGAAAGGCGCUCUUUGAAAGCCAAUAGAGGCACAACCACUUAACGUGCUAAAGAACUGUUUGAACAAGUGCUUUUCAGACCAUGGUCUUCAGGGAACUUUGUCUUUCUGAAGACAUCUUCGCUGUGUGAUGAAGGAGAUUAUACAGUAUUAGUCUUUAGCAAUGUCACAUGUCCAUAAAUGCCUGGCCAGUUAUGUGUUCACAAUGGUGCUUGUUCAUCUGAAGUACGGUUACCUAUGACAUUCUGUACUGGUCAAUUCUAAAUCGUCAUGUUCUAAUAUUUUUUCUUUAUACCUCAUAUAUAAUUUUUUUUUCUUUUUUUGUUUUUAAAGCAAUAUUCCACACUAACUCAGGGAAAUAAUAUAUAACUCUAUUUCAUGCUGCUGGUGUUUUAUUUAAUAUAGAGUUAGAAAAGUCCCAAAAGCUAGAUGGACUAGAAGAUACCAAGGCUCCCUCAGACCUUUCCACUGGUGCCUAAUUCUUGACCUUCGUUUGUCAAGGAAGUAAUAUGUCUUGCCUUGAAUCUUCUGUCUGGCUCCUACAUUCAUUGGCUAGCUGGUGGCUAGUACUGUCCUGGGUUAGAUGUCUUUAAUGUUUUGCUUUUGUCUGGCAAAGGGCUAAUAAGAAAUCUAAGCUGCUUUUCAGCCCCUUUUUGGAACGUGUUUCAAACGGAGUAUCAAAACACCUUGCGUUAUGAGUGUAAAUCAUGUAGUGUUCUGGAUAAAUAUGCAGCAUGAUGGGGGGAAAACAUAGACCUCGGUAGUUAACGCUCUUAUUAUUCUAGGUAAGGUUUUGAUGGUGUAGAUAGAAUUAUAGUUUAAUGUGUUAUUUCUUUAGAAACCAAAAUGAAAGCAACCACAACCAAAACCAAUGUAAAAUUCAGCCUUUGUAUGGUCGUCUGAAAAGUAUUUUAUCAGAGGACUCUUGCAGGCUUCCUUCCAUACCGAUGCAAUUUCGGUGUGUUUUUAGAGUAAUAAAGUAGACUUAAUCACACUUUUUGUUACAGAUGGGGAUUGGGAUACACCCUGUUUUUUUAAGAGGUGGAAACCUUUUGGUCAUUUGAUUAAAAUUUAUUUAAAGCUAUUGCUGCGGAGUCCAAAUGUAAGAGUUGUAAAUUCUAUUUUAUUACUAUUUUUUCUUAAUGUAGUUUGUAAAUUCAAUAGCGUUUGCUGAUCAUAAGGAAAUAGCAUUUACAUAGUGUGUUUAGAAAGUGGGGGGCUUAUUAACAAAACUCAGGCCAAGAGCAGGGGUGUGUAGUAGUCUGUAACAGCCUAUCAGAAACAAGCUUAAUCAUGCUAGAGGUUUAAUAGCUAUCUGGUGGUUGGUUGCUAUAGGCUGAGACAUAUCGUUGUUAAAUAAAGCCAAGUGUUUUCAUUCCAAAAGUGCCAGAACACUAAAGAUCCUCAUUUUUAGAAGAUAAUAACAUUCCAGUUUGAGGACUUCAUAAGUGUCUUUAUUUAUCUACCUCAUUAUUAUGAAGCUCUGUCCUAACUUGAAAUAAUAGCUGUCUUGUGAGCCUGACUCUUAGGGGGUAUUUUUUUUAUUUUUUUUCCUUACAAAACUACUCUAGAACAUACUAGCUUAUUACUAACACUGGAGUAAAUGUUCUUUGAAGAUUAAUAGAACAAUAAAAUGAUAGUAUGCUAUCCAGUACUUGGCAUUUGUAUAUAGUCCUUUUUUGUUUUUUAGAAAGGCAGCAGGACCAGACUAAAGACACUACAUUUUCUUUAUUUAUUAUGUAGCAUAAUUUUUCUUUUUUUUCUUUUUUUGUUUUGUGCAAGAAUAUUAUCAAAGCAGCCAAAGCGAUGUUCACGAAGGAGCUGUUCAUUAAAAAGGGACUCAAAUGCAUUGUUACAUGUUUUUCAUACAAGCCAAAAUGUUGUGGGAUUCAGAUGGGGUAUAUGGAAACUCUUGAGUAUUAUACCACAACACAGAAUUCUGAAUGAGUGCUAUGCACUUCAGACUUUUUUUAAAUAAAUGUUUUUUUUUUGCCUAAAAA